UCUCGUGAGCUAGCUUUUGCCGCCAGAAGGAGUGACCGCUACCACUUCUGCAUGGGCAAGCAAAAAUCCCAGACAAAGGCCGUCCCAGCCAAGGCCGCGCCGUACGUCUUUCCACCCAGUGUCUGGACGGGCAAGAAGCCGCGCACGCUGGGCCCGCCGACAACGCUCCUUGCCUCGCAGAUCCUCCUCUUCGACUCGACGCUCCUCGCCGAAGAGUGCCGCGCCCUCGUCGGCCUCUUUGACUCGCCUUCCGCCGCUGCUGGCACUGGUUCAAGCGGCAGCUGUCCCACGCUGGAGCCGAGCCCGGCGGCGCGCCGCGGCGAGGCACAGCGGACGAACCACCGCUUCUCAACGACGGACGCGUCGUUUGCCGCGGCUCUCUUUGCCCACACGGGCCUCGCCGCCGCGCUCUCCACGCACCUCGCCCCGACGCCCGACGGCCGGCGGCCCGUGGGGCUCAGCGCCAACAUCCGCAUCUACCGCUAUGACCCGGGCGCCAUCUUUGGACCCCACUACGAUGAUCACGCGACGGACCCGGCGUCGGGCCUGCGCACCGAGUGGACCUUGCUCGUCUACCUCACGGGCCAGCAGGACGGCGUCGACGGCGGCCAGACGGUCUUUUACGAGGACCACGCCAGGCCUGGGCCUGGUGCUGGUGCUGGCAGCAAGGAAAGGGGCAGGAUCGUCGCGCCGCUGAGCCGGGGCACGGCCUUGCUGCACCGCCACGGUCGGUCAUGCAUGCUGCACGAGGCCCUGCCGCCGACACGGGGGACCAAAUGGGUCCUGCGCUCCGACGUCGUCUUUGGCCGGUAGCUUCUUCUCCUUCACGCAGGCGGGUGAUAGUCACUACGAUUAGAUGCAGAGCGAGAGCGAGAGAGAGAGAGAGAGAUGAGGAGAUGGAAGAUGUACAUGUAGCAAUAGUCUAAAAUAAGAUGAGCAAGGGUGAGACC